AAAUUUCCUGAAAAGAACAUCACAGAAGAACGCGUUCAACAAAGAAGAAAUCGGUCUAAGGACAGGAAGUGAGCGCGUGGGAUAAGCCCUUCGAGAUCAAAUAGCCCCUAGUGCCUACAGGUAGACUGUAAAAGUUAGAUAAUUCACAAAAGAAAAACUAAAGAAGAGGAAUCGCAAGGAAGCAAAUUAUUCUAAAACAAUUUACUAUUAAGAUUUUUUAAAAAAAAGGAAAGAACAGACAGAAAAAAUAAUAAUAAGACUAGAUAAUAACCCGCCCUACAAAAAAUAAAUAAUUUUUUUACAAUAUCCAAUUUGUAAUAAAUAGUAGCUGAAAAAAAUAACACUAAAAUAUCACAAUGUCCCAAUUUAUAACAUUAAAACAGCUUAAAGAGUUCUGGAUUAAAAAGGUGCUGGAAGAAGAAGCUAACCCGAAGAAAGCCCAAACACGUCUAUCUACUGUCCGAAAUGUCCUCAAGAAAUAUAUAAGGAAGGGGAUGGUACAUGGAGGAAAAGAUGCAAUAGCCCCCACAGAGGAACAAUGGAAGUUCAUCAAGAGUUACUACAAAGACAAAAUCAAACAGUACAGAUCUAAACCUGCUAAUAAUCUUAUAAAAAGGAAAAUAACUCAACUUAAAAUACAGAAGUGCGAGAAGGAGAUGAGACUGGCGAUGAAGAUGCAGAAAUGGGCAAAAGAAUUGAAAGAGAGACAAGAGAUGAGAGAAUUGUCCUCCGUUCUAGUUCUCAAGCAAAGCGAGAAGGAAGCGAUUGUGAAGGAAGAACUUCUAAAAGAAACUUUUAAAGGACCAACGAGAUUAUACCCCAAUUUAUAAAGAAGACAAACCAUCACACAAAUAUCACACGCGUUCCAAAAGCAGAGAUUCCUGGGAAGGAUCUGAAGAAUCCGAAAAUGAGGAAGAAGACGAGAUGUUGAAUAAAGAAUUUAACAGGAGACAAAGGUCACACAGCAUGAGCAGAGCAGACAAUACAGACGAAAUACCCCGACUCAAGAAGACAUUAUCAUAUGCAGCAAGCUUAUCAUCAGAUAAUGAGAGACACCAUCAUAAGAUGACAAAGAAGAUUGCUCCUCCACCAUAUCAAAGAAUCACCAGCAAAAGUUCAAAACCUAGAACAACCCCUGCUUCAAUGAGGUCAUCAGAUCGAGUGACAUUGUUUACUCCGCAGAUAACUCAUAAAGUACAUGGAGGAGAGUUGGCAUUAACACCAGUUGAAGCACCCUCAAGACAGUUAGAACUACAAAUAGAGUCACUUCAAAACCAAAUGUCUGCAUUGACUCAAAUUAUGGAAGUUGAAAAGAAGAUGAGCCAACAUGAUGACGAAGAACAAAAUGAAAGACACAUGAGAAAGCAAGACAUGAUACAUCAAGACGCCAGGAAGACAUCAAUGAAUCUUGACAAGGAAAUAACAGUGGGAACAAGCAGAAGUUUGCUUUCAAGGACUAAGGAGAAUGAAACAAGGGGAGCUACGGCAGAAGUCUUAACAAAACAAAAUAACGAAGCCUUUCAAGUCACAGGAUUAUUCAGUGGACUGGUUGACAACACGGAAUAUGAGGAGGCACAAAUCAAUGGAAUCAUCGACCCUACACUACGGAGACAAGAAGAACCUGCAGCUGUCUACCCCAUAAGGAUGGAUGGUCAACAAAUUGUAUACCAGCCAUUCUCACUAAAGGACUGGAGUGCUCUGAUGCUUACACUGCCAAAGUUGACCAAAGGUGGCGUACCAUGGAUGAGAGCUCUCCUGAAACAAACGGCUGGAGAUAAACUGUGUUGGGGAGACAUACAAGCUGCUCUAAUCGAAGCUGCUGAUGAAACAGUCGCUGGAAAUAUCAAAAGAGCUAUAGAAGGAAGAAUAAGAGUACAACUACAGAAUAACCUCGCCAUUCAUAUCUUUCGUGACGCCUUAGAAGGAGAACUCAGGACAAGAUUUCCAUGUAUUGUCACUGAUGAGUUGCUGUCUAUGCAGAUGCGAGAUAACGAAGAUUAUUACAGUUACAAACAGCGUGGCACCAACCUGUACCAUGAUGUCACGGGGGAACCAAUUGAAGUUGGAACCGGCAUGUCAGUCAUGUUUCGUUCUACUCUGGUAAAAGGCAUGCCUAAGUCAGUACAAGAAGCCUUACAAAAUAUAAUGGGACUGUACAGCAAACCUGAAGAUGAAUUUGAUGCACACUGCAACCAUCAGGUAAACAAGUGGCAGAAAGAUAAGAAGGAGAUUGAAGAAAAGAAACAAGAACUGGAGCUGGCCACUGCAAAGUUACAAUUACAAAAAUAUCAAGAUGAACUCAAAGAGAAGAAGAAGGAGAAGAAUUCGAAAGUGAUGAAAAUACAGCCAGAAACACCUGAAGACGACAUAUCACCUAUCACAGAACAACUAGUCACUGCAAUCAAGAUGGUGAUGAAAUCUCAACAACCACAAGAAACAACAAUGACACCUAAUACCCAGCAAGGUCAACCCAUGCAGAUACCAAAUGUCACUAUCUACAACGGCCCUCAAGCAAGGAAUCAAGGAGGCCCAAGAUACCCUGGAAAAAACAAGGGGACAAUUAACAUAAAUAACUCAAGACUAAAUGAUCGAUGCUUCGCAUGUCAAGGAAUAGGACACUGGAGAAAAGACUGUCCUGCAACUGCACAAAGACCAAGACAAGGACCAAACCAUUUUCAACAACACAUGCAACCAAUGCGGGGUUACAACCAACAGCAAUUCAUGCAACCAACGAUGCCAUCAUACAAUGCACCAGUCGGGAUGCCACGACAAACAGCUGUUCCAUUGCCCCCAGCACCAAAUGGAAGAAUAAUGAAUGUCGGAAAUCAAUAUCAAGGAGGAGGAGACUUUCAUGGAAUGUUUGAAUGAAUAUAAUGAUUGUUGAAGAGGCCCACAUUCAGACCAUUCGCUGAAACCAUGGAACAGCGAACCAAUGGUGGUCUUGAAGAUAAAUGGACAGAAGAUUAAAUUUUUGGUGGAUUCAGGAGCUACAGUAUCCUGUAUACGUCAGAAAUUUCCACUCUCAUCGAAGACUAUGUCCAUAGCUGGCUGUGUGGGAGAUCCAGAAGUUAAAACGUUUACUGAACCAUUGGCAGUAACAAUGAAAGAACAAACAGUUGAACAUGAAUUUUUAUAUUUGCCAGAUUGCAAUAUCUCCAUAUGCGGAAGAGAUUUGAUGUGCAAAUUAUCAUUAUCUGUUAUUUUCUGCCCAGAAGGUCAUAAAGUAUUCGACAGAUGUGAAACACUCAAGAUGCUUAAAAAUGUGACUACGUGCAAAACUGCUGAGAUUCUGUACCUUUCUCCAGAUGUCGUCCAAGAUUUAAAGUCGCAAGUCACAAUUUAUUGGACCCAAGUACUCACAGAUCCAGAAAAAGGAAACACUGCAUCAGCAUUGUGGCAGAACUACAAGACAUGGGCAAGAUCGUUAUAUCCACUCAGUGAACCUCUGGACCCCUUGCAUGUCACUUUACACUACUCAACAUUGGAAGACGACGUCUAUGAUGAACAAUGGCAGAAAGUCGACAGACAAACUUUUCAAGUAAGCUAUUCAUGCCUCUAUCUGGGCCCCCAAGGUAUGGCACUUGCAGUCUCCCUCCCAGAAGAGUUGAAACCAUAUUUCAUGGGGAGUGAAGAAGGAGCACCUCACGUGACGCUCGCUAUCUCAAGACAUCACACAUCAAGACAACUUGGCCCGAUGGUCAAGCUCGCCUCAAGUCUACAAUAUGAGGCCACUGAAGUCGAAGGUGUUUUCUACAACUCACAACACCAGAUGUUCAGAGUGGUACUACCCCAAGGUUCUGAAGAUAACACAAGAACAUCCAAACAAACUAGACAACGAACUUCUGAAAACCAUCCGGAUACUGAGAAGUACCUUGCACAAGUACCAUCAAACAUCUGGAUGACACACCCGAACGAUGUGGGUCAGACAAGGCAUACCGUUAAAGUGCAACUUACCACCGACAAACCAAUAUAUCAUCCUCAAUAUCCACUUAGAGAAGACCAAGUAGCUGGGAUUCAAGAGACUAUCAACGGAUUACUAGAAUCUGGAGUGAUAUAUGAAACAGAAUCAGACUAUAACACACCACUUUUUCCAGUGAAGAAAUCAGAUCUGCAAAACUGGAGGAUGGUCCAAGAUUUUCGUCCACUCAACGAGAUAACAGCAGGAG